CUCUCAAUUUUCUUUUCAAUUUGCGACACGCACGCAGCAGUAUUUCGUAGCGUUUUCCCUCGUCAGCGUGAGUCUUAACCUUCUCUUUAUCCGGAGGCAGGCGAAAAUAUCGGAUAGUGUUCAACAUCGGUGGUGCGAAGCCGUAGAAAAUCCGGACGAGAGGUAUCAAGUUGCCGUUAGACGAAGGAGUUGACACCUCAACUGUGUCGUCCGCGUUUUGCUCGGGUUCGUUUUAAGGCAUCUUCGCGGGAGGCUCCUAAUUGCAAGUGUAAUUAUUUUGAAGAGCUUUCAUAAGGUGUUUUCCCCAGCAACAGAGGGCGCAGUCAUCAGAGGUGCACUUGCUUUAAUCACGGCGUGCUGUGCGACGAGACGCACGGGCUGGCUGUAACUGUUUACAUUGAAAAUUUCAAGCUGGAAAUACGUUGUUGUGUUAUCAAAACUUUCCAAGAUAAUUUCGACAGUGCGUAUGCGUCGGCACGCGGUUGUAAGCGAGUGAUUUUUUUUUUUAUUGUGUUGAGAGCGCCAUCGUUCUCUAGCUCCCAGUCGUUGUGUUUACUGUGAACUCGAUGGUGAUUUUUUCAAUGUGUGAUAUUUGAUUCCGGAAGUUCACGCGGUUGUCACCGAUGUUGACCGAGUACGUUGGUGAUCUGAUUCUCCCGGGAUUUCUGCUCAAUUUAUGGGAUCUUUUUAUUGACAUCAAUAUGGCCUGGCUAUUCUGUGGAAAAUGCACGAGCAACGCAAGACUGGACGACAAGGUAGCAGUUAUCACAGGAUGCAACACUGGCAUAGGAAAAAUAACGGCAAUGGAAUUUUGCAAAAGAGGAGCACGAGUGAUAAUGGCAUGUCGAAACCUGGAAAAAGCUAAAACUGCCGCGGAGGACAUCCGACAGCAAACCGCAGACGUCAAAAACGCUGGCGAAAUUGUCGUCAAAGAACUGAACCUCGCAUCCCUCAAAUCGAUACGUCAAUGUGCAGAGGAUAUCCUAGCAUCGGAAGAAUAUAUCCACCUUCUAGUCAACAAUGCAGGUGUCAUGAUGUGUCCCCGAGAGCUGACAGAAGAUGGCCAUGAACUUCAGUUCGGAACGAAUCACUUGGGACACUUCUUAUUCACCAUGCUCCUUCUGCCGAGGAUAAUUAAGUCAGCACCGGCAAGGAUUGUGAAUCUCUCCUCACUAGCACACACGUGGGGUGACGGCGACAUGCAUUUCGAUGAUAUCACUUUGGAGAAGUCUUAUUCGCCAACGGCAGCCUACGGGAGGAGCAAGCUAGCUAAUAUCUUAUUCACCAAUGAACUUGCCAAGAGACUUCAAGGCACCGGCGUGACGACGUACAGUGUGCAUCCUGGAGUUAUCGACACAGAACUGUCUCGUCAUUUGGACACGGCGAUAUCCCCAAUCGUCAGACGCCUGUACCAAAGCCGCCUUUGCACCAUGUUCCAAAAAUCACCGUGGCAAGGUGCUCAAACAACUCUUCACUGCAGUCUCGACGAGAAAGCAGGGAAAGAGAACGGUCUUUACUACAGUGAUUGCAAGCCGAGGACACCCGCCAAGAGAGCCCGAAACGAAGCUAAGGCCCAGCAGCUUUGGGAGUACAGUUGGGGCGCAGUCGGAUUACCGAAGGAUUACGAUCCAUUCGUCAAAGGAUAGGACCUCAAUGCGUCAAGAGUCAGAUGUCAGCUGAGAAUCUACAUUUAAACGAAUAAUUGAAAGAAAACACUGUUUUGCUCAGGGGGAAUACGUAAUUUAGACUAUCCCUUCUCGAAGGUUGAUGUAGGUCAGGGGUAUUUUCAGCUACUUUAUAAAUACCAAAUUCAAUAAAAUUUCUCACGACCUUAUAAGAUAAUCGAAUCUAUAUAAUUUCUGAAUUAACGAGGAUCUAAGGUGAUUUAAUGUAAUAUCUUAUGAUGGUUUCAGUACUUGCAGUAAAGUUACCACCCUGAUCAGUGGCGAAGUGUGAAUGAUCGAUUAGGUAUCAAUAUUUCCCCAUUUGAAGCUAUGGUAAAGGAUCGAUUAUUAAGGUGUUAUUUGAGAACACCCUGUAAAUCGAUCCUUUCCCAUACGUUUAAAUGCGACUCUUUACCUUUUCCAUACGAUCAAUCGACAAAUCGCAAAACUCGCCACGCCACUGAUCCUGAUAGAGCAUUGCAUAAUUAAUCCCAAAUCAUUACACCUUUUUCGUCAAACCACAAAGGUGUUACUUAAGGCGUAUAGCAUUAGCUCUAUUUUGCAUUGCGUAUCUCUCUCUCUCUGAUCACCGAAUAAUAUUGUACCGCCAUUAAGAUUAAGUGUGUGAAGUUCCUCCAUACCCACAAGAGUAUUAUCGAAUUUAAACGCGUGAAUCCAAUUGCACGUUACAUUCUUGUCUAUUCUAAAUGUGAAUAAAUAUUUUCAUGGAUUUUUGUGAUUUCUUUUUACGUAAAAAUACAUCUCAUUUUUGAAGUAUGCA